AUUUUCUCAUGUUCUUGUUUUACGGCAGUCUCAGUCCCCUUUGAAUUAGACUACUGCGCGAGCUUUUUUGCAGACAACAAGAAUCCUCGGCAGCAAUGCUCUCUGUGACUAAAAUUCUAUUACAAGUGGGCGUUGUUCUAAGUAUCGUUUCAGAAUCGGUCACGUCUACCAUCAACCAAAAGGUUCCAGCACUCCAUCAUCGAAUGACAAAAAGGGAGAUAUCAAACUAUUUUGGAGCGAACUCCCACUCAGAAGUGCCUGAGUAUGAAGUCAUCUCGCCAUUCCAAGCAGACGAAACUGGGGAAUUUCUUUCUCAUGAACUUCACAAACGUAGUCGCAGGAAACGAAGCACAGAUCAACCCAACAACUGGUUUUAUAACAUGGAAGCGUUUGGUUUCAAACUCCAUUUGAAUGUCACCAAAUCAAGACAUAUACUGGCCCCUGGAGCUAUUGUAGAAACAGUCCAUGAAAACGGGAGCAAAUCCUACGCCGCACCACCUAAGAAUACCUUCUAUAGUGGCCAUGUAGUGUCCCAUCCUGGUUCUGUAGUUGCCGUCAGUAACCACGAUGGAUUGAGUGGUAUGAUCAACCUUAUAAAGCAGGCACUCUUUAUACAGCCACUACCCAAUCACCUCGCAAAGGAUUAUGGGUCAUUUAGUGGUGCGCAGCCUCAUUUGAUCUUUAAAAGAUCACUAGGAGAUGUCAUCGGAAGAGGAUGUGACAUAUCAGAUUCUCACGAGAGAAUGAAAAGAAGCUUGGAAAUUAAACGUUCAGUAUCACAUAAGCAUUUAGAAGUUGCCAUAGUAGCAGACGAUUUGGUGGUAAAAAAUCGUGGGGAAGAAAAUCUGGAAAGACAUCUCCUUAUGUUGAUCCACUUGGUCGAUAGCAUGUUUCACGACGAAAGUGUUGGAGAGAAAAAGGUAUCAUUGGUGGUAGUUAAACUGGAGAUCAAGAAAGAUGGGUUUGGUUACGAUUCUUCAGCUUCCAAUCAUGUCAGACUAAGUAAAGUGAAAGCUUGGGGUGACAGCCUGCCAGAGUCAGACGACGAUCCUAAACAUGCUGACAUUGUUAUAUUACUGACAGGGGAUGGCUUUGGAGGUUUAGCUGCUGUGGGUUCUACUUGCUCCUCAGAGUUUGGCAAAACUGUUAACAAUGACAUUGGCCUAACAUCAGCCAUCAUUAUCGCUCAUGAAACAGCUCACACAUUUGGCGUGGGUCAUGAUGGAGAGCGGUGCAACAACGGGUAUAUCAUGGCAAGCGUCGUAAGCGACGGGGAAAAUGCAUUCAAAUGGUCAAAUUGCAGCCGUACUCGCAUUCAAGAAUUCCUCACUGGAUCUGGUUCGGAAUGUCUGGAUGACAACCCACAUAACUUCACAGAAAUGCCCAGCGUCUUCCACAAGAAGCUACCGGGGCAGAUUGUGAACGCUACACUACAGUGUAGGUUGCAAUUUGGUCAAGGAUACUUUCAUUGUCCCCAGAGGAAAGCUGACUGUGGUGUCUUAUACUGCACCAACGAUGGGUAUAAAUGUAUAUCUCGUGGAGCUCCGCCUGUCGAUGGCACGAGAUGUGGUGAUAGGCACUGGUGCAUUAAAGGUGAAUGCGAGGACGACGGCUCUGCGAUGAUUGACGGAGGAUGGAGUGAUUGGCUGAACACCCACUCAUGCACACAAACUUGCGGUGGCGGAGUGACCUGGAAAACAAGAUCAUGCACCAAUCCUGUGCCACAGAAUGGUGGUAAAAACUGUGAAGGAUCAAACAAAGGAUCAUGGGAAAUGUGUAACAUAAAGCCUUGCCCUGAAGGCUCCACAGAUUAUAGACUUACUCAGUGCCAGGCCUUUGAUCCGAAAUCCGUGGUGCACUGGGGAUCAGAUCCUUGCAUAUUAGAAUGCCGACGAGGAAGCUAUGUAACACCUCGAGGCCGCGUCAAGGACGGCACUCGAUGCAACAGUAACCCCAUGAGCAAAGACGUUUGCAUUGAAGGAGUUUGCCAGCCCGUUGGUUGUGACAUGAGAUUAAAUUCAGGCGUGAAGUACGACCAUUGUGCUGUUUGCGGAGGCGACAGUUCCACUUGCAGCUUCGUUAGUGGGUUGUACACAGAGAACUACCGUAAAUGGGGUCCAAAUAAGCCGGGCGAAAUCAUCACCAUUCCAGCUGGCUCUACCAAUGUCUUUGCCAAAGUCAAGGGAAAAACGAAAAACAUGCUUGGGGUUAAGAGAGCAGCAGAUGGAAAGUGGGUUUACAACGUGGCGUAUACAUGGAGCACAGUAGUGAAGGCAGCUGGAACUAAAGUCGCCUACGAUCACGAGGACUACGUAUGGAAGGACGAAGUUGACAUCCCAGGACCGACGAAAGAAGCAUUGAAACUCAUGUAUGUUUUUAUUGAAGGAGCAAAUCCUGGGGUGGAAUACCAUUUUUUAUCGCCCCAAAGGAGUGACGUAACUGCUGACCAAGUAAAAUGGAAGAUAGGAGGCUGGGGCGCAUGCACUCAAGACUGCGCUGGAGGAUACCGGACAAGACUUGUUGAAUGCGUCCGUAAAGAUGACGGCAGUUACGUCAAUGACAAGGUCUGCCUCAAGUCUGGAGGCAAACCAGCGAUGCAGCAGGCUUGCAAUACACAACCGUGUCAGCCGGAAUGGUACCUGUCAGGUUGGCGGCCAUGUUCAAAAACCUGUGGUAAGGGGAUUCAGCUAAGAACAAUCGUCUGCAGGCGAAAGAAAAGUCAGGAACAUUAUGAGACUGUUGAAGAAUCCUCAUGUACUGAGCAGAAACCAGUCGGAAACCUACAGCAGGAGUGCAACAUGAUCGCUUGUCCGGCUGAAUGGAAACAUUUAGCAUGGAGUGAGUGCACCCGGUCAUGUGGAGGAGGUACAAUGACUCGCAGUCUCAAGUGCAUGAAACUGAACGCGCAUGGAAUGCUGGUAACUGUGUCAGACUAUCAGUGCAGCCACGCCGUGAAACCCACCACAGAGGAAAAAUGCAACACCGAUAUUGAAUGCCCAGGUUCCAUUCUUAGCCCGGAUGGCAAACGGUUCAUAGCCUUGGGAUGCUUCAAGGACGCAAAGAAAUUACGCGCUGUUCCAGAAUUAGUGACAAAUAUGCGUGGAAAAAUUGAUUGGCGUCACAUAGAAAACACUGUCAAAGAAUGCGCCCACAGCGUAACGAAAAAGAACACUACAUUCAAGGUGUUUGCAUUACAGUUCUACGGAGAAUGUUGGACAGGAGUAAAUGCAGAAAAGAGUUAUAGCGAGUACGGUGCUUCUCCAAACUGUUGGAAUGGUGUGGGCGGAUUGCGGACCAAUUUUGUGUAUGAAUUUAUCGAUGAUGAUGAUGAUGAGAGAACUUUCUUGGUUAUUUUGCUUACAGAGUCUUUAGUCCAAUCCUUGCCACAGAGCGAAUGGCGGCUGAGUGACGACAACGGCAGAAUGCGAACGCUAAGCAUUCCUUCCUAUGAUUUCUUGUAG